UUUUCUUGUCUCGAAAAGACAAAAUCAAAGAUUUUCGCUCCUCUCCACUCUCCAGUUCUCUCUCUCUCUCUCUCUCUCUCUCUCAGUGCCCGUUUGCCCCGUUAGGACCAAAAUGCAAGAGCAGGCGACGAGUUCAGUGGCGGCGAGUUCGCUGCCUUCGAGUAGCGAGAAAUCUUCCAGCUCUGCUUUCCAUCUCGGACUGAUAGAAGGGAUGGAGAGCGAUGACGAGAUAAGGAGAGUGCCAGAAAUUGGAAGCGAAGGCGCCGGUCCUUCCACAUCAGGGAGGGAUAUUAGUUCAGUUGGAAGAGGAGGUGGAUCUCAGGACAAGGCUCAGGCCUCAGCAGCAGAAAUGGCUCAGAGGAAGAGAGGGAGAAGCCCCGCUGACAAAGAGAACAAAAGAUUAAAAAGGUUGCUGAGGAACAGGGUUUCAGCACAACAGGCCAGGGAGAGGAAGAAGGCCUAUUUGAAUGACCUGGAGGAGAGGGUGAAAGGUUUGGAGAAAAAGAAUUCUGAGCUGGAAGAGAGGCUCUCCACGUUGCAAAAUGAGAACCAGAUGCUUAGACAUAUACUGAAGAACACAACCUCCGGCAGGAGAGCAGGGAGUAGUAGCACAGUUGAUGCGUCUGGAUAAAAGAGGGAUCUUCAUGUGUGUGUGUGUGUGUGUGUGUGUGUGUGUGUGUGUGUGUGUGUGUGUGUGUGUGAGAGAGAGAGAGAGAGAGAGAGAGAGGUGUUGAGGAGAUGAAAUGUGUCAAAAGAUGUAGAGGAGAUGUUUCUAGUAACCCCGAAGGGGUAAAGACAACCAUGUCUUAAGAACCAGUGGUCCUGAAUUUAACUCUCCUUGGGGCAGUGCUCUAAAUCCAUUAUAUUCAGUCAGAUAAAGUUUUGAUAAUGGGAUGCUAUUGUUAUUAUA